AUGGCUUCGUAUAAGGCAGUCAUAUUUGACAUGGGCGAUGUGCUCUUCACAUGGAACCCCCAGGCAGACACUCAAGUAACUCACGAGACCCUCGCCCACAUCGUGCAAAGCACCACAUGGAACCGAUACGAACGUGGUUUGCUAUCAGCCGAACAGUGUUACGGACAGUUAAGCAGCGACUUCGCGAUCCCACCAUCGGACCUUGCAGAAACAUUUAAGCAGACCACCGGUUCUCUCAAGCCUGACUCUACCAUGACAAUGCUGCUACACCGACUCAAGGCCCAGGGGUAUCGCCUAUACAUGAUGACCAAUAUUCCGCAGCUAGACUUUGACCUCCUUCGCAAUACCGAAUAUGUGUGGCAUUUAUUCGAUCGGAUUUUCGCUUCUGGCUACGUGGGGAUGCGAAAGCCGGACCUUGAGUUCUACCAGUGGGUUUUGAAUGUUACAGGAUUGACCGCUGCUGAAGGAAUCUUUGUUGAUGAUAAGGAGGAGAAUGUGGCGGCAGCUGAGAGGGUAGGGAUGUUAGCGAUUCAUUUCCGGAAUGCGGCGGCAACCAGCAAGGAGCUGCAGGCUUUAUUGAACCUUGCAUGA